CGUCAGUGAGUCUGCAGAGAAACGACAUGUGACACGUGUGUGCCAAAACCCUGCAGCACACCGAUGCAGUGGCAGCAGAUUCACACCAGAGUGUGAUCUGUUCCCAGUGUUUUUAUACACAGUCUAUGGUGGUGACCAUGCUGAGUCUGAACCUUCACCUGGAUCCAUGAAGACUGGAGGGAGAGAAAAACCUGUCAGUCAGCUGACCCCCGAUCAGCCAAUCAGAAGAGUUGCCGUGUUGUAAAUAAAGAGUAGUCGGUGGUGAAACAAGCAGCAGAGAGAGAGAGAGAGGAAGCAGCAGGUUGAUCAUGGUGCAGACAGCAGACAGUGAUAUGAGUGGAGCUGCCAUGAGGAGCAGCGUCAGCAGACAGGACAGCCCUGCAGGACUGUGGGACUCUGUGAAGAAAGCUGCCUUUGUCAUCGGAUCUGGAAUCUUAUUCUUGGCUGCGUUCGGCAACUCGCUGACAUGGCAUCUUCAGAGAUUCUGGGGAGCUUCAGGCGAUUUCUGGCAGAACAUGUGGACCCAGCUGUACGUGGCCUUUGAGGGUCACGACGCUGCUCUCUUCUUCUUUGGGACGAUGUUCAUCCCCACUGUGGCGUUCUGGGUCCCGAAUGCUCUGCUGCUGUUGGCGGACACGACCGGUAAACCGUCCUUCAUCACUCGCUACCGCAUCCAGAUGGAGAAGAAUAACCCGGUGGAUCCAGCAAAGCUUCGUCAUGCAAUGAAGACCAUCGCCUUCAACCAGUUCCUCAUCUCGGCGCCCAUGGUGGUGGUGGCUUACUUCCUGAUGAGCUGGAGAGGAAACCCCUGUGGCCCCGAGCUGCCCACCUUCCACUGGGCCCUGAUGCAAAUGGCCAUCUUCUCCCUCAUAGAGGAACUUAUGUUCUACUACUCACACAGGCUCUUCCACCAUCCUAGCCUCUACAAGCACUACCACAAACAGCACCACGAGUGGACCGCUCCCAUCGGCAUCGUCUGCAUUUACGCCCAUCCCCUGGAGCACGUGAUCGCUAACAUGCUGCCGGUGGUGCUCGGACCCAUGAUCCUGGGCUCCCAUGUGACCACCACCUCCCUCUGGUACUGCCUGGUCCUGUUGAGCACCACUAUCUCCCACUGCGGAUACCACCUCCCCUUCCUGCCCUCCCCGGAGUUCCACGACUUCCACCACCUCAAGUUCAACCAGAAUUUCGGCGUGCUCGGUGUGCUGGACCGGCUCCACGGCACUGACAGCAAAUUCCGGCAGACCAAGCAGUACGAACGCCACAUCGUGCUCGCCAGCCUCACCCCGCUGAACGAGAGCGUCCCUGACUCCCCCAAGAAGGCUCAGUGAUGACCCGCGACCCCCUGACCUCAGGCCUUACCAAGUUUGAGAAUGUCACCGCGACACGUGGAGAUAAAACUUCCAAAUUAAUCAUAAAACGACGAUUACGAUUUUUAUCCAGAAAAGCUGUUGAUCACACCUUGGUUAUCUGUGGUUUUAUUUUUACAAGAUGAAAUAUUGUUUUUGCACUUAAUCGGAUGUGCAGGUUUCAUGCUGAAGUUCAGCCUCCUCUGUGGAUGUGACAGUUUGAAAGCCUCUCGUGAUUGGUUCACUGUCAGUGAUGUCACAGAGAAGUCAGCAGUUCAGGCUUAUCUGUAACAUCCAAUGAGUGUAAAAGUUUGAAGAAGCUCUUAAUAGAUGAAGUUAUACAUGAUUAAAAUACAACGUUGGAUUUGUAUAGCGCCAAAUCAUAACAUACAGUAUCUCAAGGCACUUUAAAUGUUUAGGACUCACAAAUUUUAAAUUUGCUUUUACGGGACAGUUCCUUUUUCAGGUAGAAAGAAUAAUUAAGUGAUGAGUGAAAACAAUUGAUUUCACUUUAAUUUGACCUUGUACUGAAACACGCAGUUUUUAGCCGGUCCCUCCCUCCAUGUUUAAACUAAACUUCGACGUAUUUAAAAUAUAGUCAGAAGAAAAGCUUUCUAUCAUUCCUGAUUAACGACAGUGCUACACCUAACACGUUUGAAUGUAUAAAUAAUUUCGGCAGAAAAAGAUUCUGGUUUUAACGUUAAGUAAAACUCUGUUGUGGUGAUAAAACGGAUCAUAAAUCUCUUGUAGUAUUUUAAGUCUGGUUUAGUAACAGCUCACCAGUUUAGACUCAUGUUCACUUGCUGCUCAGACAGGGUUUGGGUUCUUGCACUUUUCUUUUCCGUGGGACUUAAACAUACUCCUGAAUGUUAAAUGUGUCUUGAUGUAUUACAGAGGAGCUAAUAUUUGUAUUACAAGGACUGAAUGUUGGGAAUAAAUGUUUAAUUAAUAAAAAAAUAAUGAUGUUC